AUGAGACAAUUACUUUCAACAUUAUUUAUUCAAAGUGCAGAAAAUCAAAGUUUAUUUAUAUUUUCAGAGAUUGAAAUGAAAAUUUUACCAAUAUUUGCAAUGAUGGAAUUUGUUGGAAUUGGAUUUAAUGAAAAGAUUUGUGAAAGUGGUAGAGAAAAAGUUCAAAAUAAAAUCAAUUAUUUAGAAUAUAAAGCAAAGGUGUUAUUACCUGGUAAAGUGUUUUCAUUAUCAAGUACAGAAGAUAUUUCACAAUUAUUAUUUCAAGAUUUAAAGAUACCAGUACCAGAGAUUGCAAAAGCCAAUCAACAAUAUAAUGGUAAUAAAGGUGGUGGUGGUUGUGGUGGUGGGGUUAGAAGACAAAAUUAUUCAACCAAAGGAGCAGUUUUAGAACAUAUUAGUCAUCAUCAUCCAUUACCAGGUUUAAUAAUUGAAAUUCGUAAAUUAACUCAUCAUAUUACCCAUUAUGUUGAUAUAUUGGGAAAGUAUGAAUAUCAUUCAGAUCGAUUCAAUAUGAGAAGAAUUUAUUCAACCAUUCAACAAACUGUUGUACCAACUGGUAGAAUUUCAAUGGCUUUUCCAAAUCUUCAAAAUAUUUCUCAUCCAAUUGAGUUUAGAGUUGCUCCAUCGGAAACUGAUUUACAAUCACAGGAUUCUAUAAAGAGUUUUCAAGAUGAAAUUCAUACAUUUGAUUAUACAAAUGAUCAAAAUUUUAAGAAUCUAUUGGAAAUUGAAUCACGUUGUAGUUUUACGAAAGUAUCACUUAGAAAUUCUUUUACUUGUGCCAAUGGUUAUGUUUUAUUAUCAGCAGAUUAUAGUCAAUUGGAAUUGAGAAUUUUAACACAUUAUUCAAAGGAUCCAAAUUUAAUUGAAAUGUUUAACUAUAGUAGAGAAUUAGAUGUUUUCAAAUGUAUCGCUCAUCAAUUAAGUGGUGUUGAUUAUGAAAAGGUAUCAGAUGAAGAAAGAAAUUUCGCUAAACAUUUAGUUUAUGGUAUUCUUUAUGGUAUGGGUAUAAAUUCAAUUGCUUCAGAAUUAAAAGUUGAUAAAGAAAAAGCAAAAGUACAAUUGGAAAGAUUUAAAAAUACCUAUCGUACUUUAAUAGAUUUCUUAGAGUCAAUUGAAGAUAGAGUUUUCAUUGAUGCUUAUAUUAAAACUUUAUUUGGUAGAAUUAGAAAUUUCUCGGCAAUUCAUGAUCCAAAAACUUUACCAAAAGAUAUUGGUAAAAUUAAAAGAGGUGCUCGUAAUUCUGUUCCUCAAGGUACUGCUGCCGAUAUUACAAAAUUAGCAAUGAUUAAUAUUCAAUCACAAUUUGAUCAAUUAUCAAUCAAUGUUCAUAUGGUAUUACAACUUCAUGAUGAAUUACUCUUUGAAGUACCUUUAACUGAUAUCGACCAAUCAGCAAAAAUUAUAAAAGAGUCAAUGGAAAAUGUUGUUAAAUUGAAUGUUCCUUUGCCAAUUAAAAUGUCUAUUGGCACUAAUUGGGGUUCUUUAGAAUCUUUUAAUUUUAAUUUUACUUAUUCUCAACAACCAAAAAAUAAAUAUCCAAAUAAUUAA